GCGACACAUAAGAUGUAAAUUUAUGGGAUUUCUUAAAAAAAAAUGUAAUGGAGGAAAUAAUCUUACAUUUUAAACUUAAUAAGAUAAAUAAUGAUAUUAACAAGUAAAAUGGAAAAACAAUUUAAAAUUUUAAUAUAAAAAUUAAAAAAAUGCAUAUAGAUAAAACAUCACAAAAGAGAAGACGGUUGUCCAAUGAGGAAGAUGAUGAUGAGGAUUAUAAGGGUUCUUUUGCUAGGGAGAAAGUUGGAGAUAAAACAUCACAAAAGAGAAGACGGUUGUCCAAUGAAGAAGAUGAUGAUGAGGAUUAUAAAGGAGAAGAGGAGGAGGAGGAGGAAGAAGAAGAAGAAGAAGAAGAAGAAGAUGAUGAUGAUGAUGAUGAUGAAGAAUUUGUACUGGAUGAAGAUGAUUGUUUGGAUGAGGAAGAGGAGCUGACUUUGCCUAGGAAGAAAAAUAUGAAGGCAAAUAAGAGAGGAUUACGGAAAAGGCGUCCUGGAGGAGGUCGGAGAGACAGGAAGAAUUGUGCAGUUUCAAAGGAACCUCUCAGAAAAAGCAGUGGGAAGAAACGUAGGUUGAAAAGGAAAAAUAGGGUUGAGGUUGAUGAGGAUGAGGAUGAUGAAGAUUAUGCUGACAGUAGCGAUGGUGAUUUUAGAGACAAUAGUAUCCCAGUUGUUAGAAAAAAGAGUAAAACAAGCUUGGCACAGAGAAAGAGAAAACAUCAUGUAUCAACAGAUUCAGAUCAUGCAUCCUCUGGAUCAUCUGAUCAUGAGUAUACCAUCUCUGAGGAAGAGAGAGAGCAAGUGAUGGAAGCCAGGAAGCUUUGUAGAAGUGUGAAGACUGCUUUAAGGAGUUCAUCAUCCUUAGGGAGGAUCCAGGAUGGUAGGGAUUUAGGCCAGGAUAAAAACCCUCCAGCACAAAAGGGUAAGGAGAAGGUAGAGGAGUUGAAGAGUGAGGUAGUAAAGCAGGUUUGUGGAAUUUGCCUGUCAGAGGAAGAUAAAAGGAGAUUGAGAGGAACACUGGAUUCUUGCAGUCAUUACUUUUGUUUCUCCUGCAUUAUGGAAUGGUCAAAAGUGGAAUCUCGUUGCCCUUUGUGUAAGCAGAGGUUCAAGACUAUUAGUAAGCCUGCAAGAUCAGCUGCAGGAGUUGAUUUGAGGGAAGUGGUCAUACAAGUUCCUGAGCGUGAUCAGGUCUAUUACCCAUCUGAGGAAGAACUCAGGAGUUAUCUUGAUCCUUAUGAGAGUGUGAUUUGUUCAGAGUGUCACCAGGGUGGAGAUGAUGGCCUCAUGUUACUUUGUGAUCUCUGUGAUUCAUCUGCACACACCUACUGUGUUGGGCUCGGCCGGGAAGUACCUGACGGUAAUUGGUAUUGUGACGGUUGCAGGCCUGGUGCACUGGUGUCUUCUAGUUCCCAAGCUCAAGAUUCUUUAUCCGAUCAAAGAAUGAUAACCAACAACUUUUACAAUAGACCAUCACCUGUUAUUAAUUUGGGGGAAAGUGGAGAACCGAGUUUAAUGUCUUCACCUCGUGCACCAUUUACUCAAGGAUUUGGGAGUCUUUUGUCUCCUAGGUUACCAGUUACAGAUGUUUCAGCAGCUUCUCCUCUGUCAGGAGCAGGGGCACCAACCCUAUCAGGGAGACGCUGGAUACACCGUCAUAUACAGAAUCUUCUUUCUGGCAAUAGAAUGAAUACUUUGGCUAUGAGAGUGGAUGGGGUGUCAACUGCCAAUUUGACCAAUGAUUUUUUGAACUCUCAGAUUGAUCAGCGUCGAGAAUCAACAGUUCAACAGUCAAGGAUGCAAGAAAAUGGGACAUUGUAUACAAUAGUUGAGGAGAGUUCCCAGGAUAAUCCCCCUUCGUCAUUGCAAAAUAGAGGCAUUUUCCCUCCAAGGUUGGGGCAUCCAGGAAGGCAAGUGGUUCAGGGUCCAAGUACGGCAACUAUAGAUACAGGUUUCAAUUUGACAUUAUGGCCUGAACUUGCUGGGAUCAAUUCAAUAUCAGGUAAUGACCACAUCAACCAGUGGAGCCCCAGAUCAAACAUUGUGCUGAAUGGUUCCCCUCAUAUAGUUAAAGAGGAGAGUGAUUUCUCCUCGGUCAAGGAACAGUUGCAAACAUUGGUUCGAAGUCAUCUCAAAAACUUGUCUAGAGAUAUUGAUUUAGGGACUAACUCUGAGGACAUAGCGAGGCAUUCCACACAAACCAUUUUGGCUGCUUGUGGGUUUGAGCACAUUAAGAGUGAGGUUCAUCCCGUGCCUUCACCAUGGAUUUGCCCCCACAUUGAGCUCCUGGAAGCUGGACAGAGGAGUCUAAUGAAAGGUUGUUGCCCUACUUGUUUUGAUUCCUUUGUAAAAGAUGUUGUGAAGAGAAUCAUGGACAAAAGCCUCCCUCCGUGGUUGAGUUUAGGUCUUUAGAUCUUUUGGUUAGUGAAUGUAUCUUUUGCACCCCCUUUUUUUUUUUUUUUGGGUUAGGAAUUAGAAACAAAAUUUUAAGAAGGAAUCUUUAUAGUUGACUUAUUGAUAAAAUGAUUCAUCGACAUUGAGCACGGAAGGUGCUCUAUUCUCUUUCAAUCUCCAGAAUAGAUUCUUGAAUGAAGAGAGUAGAUGGAUGGAUUACAUAUAUAUAUUUUUAUGAUAUUAAAAGAUGAAAUGGAAAUCUGACUGCGGAGGAAAACAAAGUUCUGUAUGGAACAUAAAUUACACUCAUUCCUACACCUUAUUUGAACAUUUUGGUUGGUACAUUUCACUACAAACAAACCAUAGAUUGAAGGACUCUAGAUCGCAGACUCAAUAUCUUGUGGAUUGAGGUCCACGAUUUGCAAUUACAAGCAUGAGUACUCUUCAUAAGAUGUCAUCUAGAAUUGUGGACAACACUAGUUCUCGAACAAACUCGCCUUUCUUUGCUUUCUCUUUCUGAUCCUUGGCUGAGAGAGAAGGCUGGGCAUUUCUGUCAUCCAGAAGCAAAAUAUAAUAGAUUAGACAUG